UUUCAUUCGAUUGUGCCGAUCACGAUUGGUGUAAACUUUGCUUUGUGGGGCGUAAGGUGUUACUUUGGUGUUUGAAACACAGCACUAGAUUUAAAUGUACUUCCCUAAACCAGAAAUGGAUUUCAAUAUGAAAAAGUUUGUUCGUGAUGCUGGAACAGCUCUGAGUCGUGUUGUACAGUUAACUGAAGAGAAACUGGGAACUUCAGAAAAGACGGAGCUAGAUGCUCAUUUUGAGAACCUUGCGGAGCGCUCUGACACAACCAAAAUAUGGACAGAGAAAAUCCUGAGGGACACAGAAGCAGUUCUCACACCAAACCCUGGGAACAGAGUUGAGGACUUCCUGUAUGAAAAGAUUGAGAAGAAGCGUCCAAACCGCCUUAGCAAUCUUGAGUACCUGGGAUUGGACAUGAUCGAGGCUGGCAAUGAAUUUGGACCGGGCACAGCAUAUGGCAGUGCACUUAUCAAGGUUGGUCAGUGUGAACAGAGGCUGGGCCAGACAGAGCGUGAUUUCAUCGGUUCAGCCAGUCACUGUUAUGUCCAGCCACUCAGGAAGUUUCUAGAAGGAGAGAUGAAGACGAUUCUAAAGGAACGAGGUCUCUUGGAGAUCAGACGAUUGGAUCUGGAUGCAUGCAAGAACCGGUUGCGUAAGGCACGAAGCAUGCAGGGGCAACAGAGUAAGGACGGAGUGAGUCCAGAGGUUCUGCUUGAACAGGCAGAGAAGGAGCUACGAGUGGCCCAAUCGGAGUUUGACCGUCAGGCAGAAAUCACAAAGUUGUUGCUAGAGGGCAUCAGCAGUUCACACGCCAACCAUCUACACUGCCUGCACGAGUUUGUAGAAACUCAGGUGGGCUACUACGCGCAGUGCCACAGUGCGAUGCAGGACUUGCAGCGUGAUAUGGCCAGUUUGUCCGUAGUCAUGUCCGGUGCUGCCGCUUACCAAACUCUAGGCCUGCAGUCACCUGAUUCCGCUGAUGUUACCAAAAAUGGACACCGGAGAGCUCGGGCGCUUUACGACUACGACGCCAAGGACGCCACCGAACUCAGCCUCAUGGCAGAUGAGGUAAUCAUUGUCCAUGAGAUAGCUGAUUCAGAAGGGGCAGAAGACUAUCUUAUUGGUGAACGCGGCAACCAAAUCCUCCUCGUCCUGGCUCUGAUCGCCGUGGCUGCGGCCCAGUACCCGUACUACGGUACCGGAUACUACGGAUCUGGCUACUACGGCGCCUACCCCAGCCCCUACGCCUACUCUUCCCUUGGCUACGGAUACUACGGCCGUUAA